CACCAGAGCCAAUGGAAAGGGGCUGCCGCGCGGCCGUAAAGAGUUUGUAGAGCAGUUCGGGUGCGGUACGUUGCAUUCCGGUACCGGACGCCGAGAGCAGUUUGUCUCUGUCUCUGGAAUUGUAGGCGAGAGGUGAUCAUGUCCGGUCGCGGAAAACAGGGCGGCAAAGUGCGAGCAAAGGCCAAAUCCCGCUCCUCCCGCGCGGGCCUGCAGUUCCCGGUGGGCCGAGUGCACAGACUGCUGCGCAAAGGGAACUACGCGGAGCGGGUGGGCGCCGGGGCGCCGGUGUACCUGGCGGCGGUGCUGGAGUACCUGACGGCGGAGAUCCUGGAGCUGGCUGGCAACGCCGCGCGUGACAACAAGAAGACCAGGAUAAUUCCCCGCCACCUGCAGCUCGCCAUCCGCAACGACGAGGAGUUAAACAAGCUGCUGGGCAAAGUGACCAUCGCUCAGGGCGGCGUCCUGCCCAACAUCCAGGCCGUGCUGCUGCCCAAGAAGACGGAGAGUCAGAAGGCGAAGAGCAAAUGACCCUGACGCCGCCCUCAGGGAGCUGGCUCCCCCAGCAAGGGCCCUUUUCAUGGUCGUCCCGCAAUGCUUUUGAAUGUGCUCGAUGUCAUGGAGGGCCGGUGACGUCUAGCGGGGAGGUGGGCGGCGAGGGGCCCGGCGGGAGCCAAUAAAGUUGGUGAAAAUCGUUUGGUCGAGCGAGCUGUGUAGUCGCGGGGACCUGCCGGAUGGCCCCAGGGGAGGGGGGCGACCGGGAAAUCCCUGGAGCAGGUACUGGUGGGUGGGCUUGAGCCACUCUGAACUGCUUUAGUCCGCAGGUCACCCUCGAGGCGUCAGGGGAGGGUGGCCUAGAGGUGGGCAGGGUGGGAGCCACCUCGCUCUCAGUAAGGGAAAGAGGGGGCAGAGUCGGUGCGGCGAGGCCUCCUCCGGAAUUAUUUUUACUUCCCCUUCACAGAACCUUCGCUCUCCUGCCAGUUUGUGAGCACUCAGGACCAAGUUCUGGGAAGAGACCGUCGGAUCGAGCUGGGCUCGGGGCAGGAAGUGUCUUCGGCCAUAUUUUUUCAAAAAGUGGAGUAACUUUACGUCUUGGAAGGGUGGCUCUGAUGGCACGAUAUCAACUUAAGAGAUUCUUCUUAGCCUAGUAGCUGCUGUGCUUUCGUGCUUUGGAUAUCAGAUAUCUUUAUAUAGCACCUUUAUGUUCAUAUUUUUUUUUAAUGAAGGAAACGUUCAAUAAGUGAUUCAUGAGGUUGGAAAUUCGUUCCCCUGACAGUCAUAUUGCAUAACAUUGCAGCGCCUUUAGUCGUGAGUUGCAUAUGCUUGAGCUUUUAAAGUGAUGUUGUCAAGUUUCUAGCUUCAUAAUGAUCCUGUCUUCAUCAUAUCAUAUUCUCUUUGAGACUCGGUUUGACUUUGCUUUCAAACAAAACAAAAACCUCUUGCUUUUAGGGGUUCUUACCCAACAAAUAACCUGUUUGAAAUCUCUUAUAUUCUCCCACUAACCUGAAGCAAUGACCUCAUUCCGGUAAUGUCUUUGGGAGUUGCAUUGCCUAAUGGCACAAUAUUGCUUUAAUAAACAUGUGAGGAAAGAUAGGGCCAAAUAUUUAAGUGCAGGGGGAAACACAUUUCAGACCAGGAAUCCGCAUUUAAAAGUUAACACUAGUAAUCAUCUUCUGCCCUUAGUUGACACUCCCAUUUAUUUCAUCCUUCUCAGCAAAUUUCAUCCUGGCUCACAGAUCCCACAAAAAGGAUCCCAGUACAGAUUUCACAUCUUUGGCUUCAUCUUUCCUGUGAGUCGGAAUUGAAGUCUUCCCCCAAAAUAUAUGUAUAUGUCGUAUGUCUUCAUCCUUAGUAGCGCCUGGCCCAGUUCCCCACAUGGACUUUAUUUUGUCCCCAGUAUUUAUUGAACAGCUGUCUAUGCCAGGCUCUGUACAAAGUGAUAGGAGUAGAGCUGGGAAUGAGGCCAACCAGAUUUCCACUGUCUUGGAGCUCACUUUAUUUUUAUUGGUUCCUGAAGACGGGACAAGGAACAAAGACAUACGUUAAUAUGAGAGAUCAGCUUCUGUUAGUACUUGUACCUCUCUGCUGUGUGUGGAUGAAUGAUGGAAUUACUUCUCCCAUGUUGCCAUUUUCGAGGUGUACAAAGGUCAGGCCGUGCACACCUCUGUUAGGAGGCAAAUUACUGGGCAGGUUCCAGAUGUUCUGCUAUUCACUCCCUGUGGUUUUGUCAUAUGUAAAAGUCAUAACACCUGUUUUAAGGAUUGAGCUUGUUCAUUUACCGUGUGCCACAUAUUAGGCAAUAAAUGGAAAAAAGUACUAUGUUCAAUGGGGGUAUGGGUUUAUCCUUAUAGAUUAAAUUAUAGGUAAACAUUAAUAGGACUUUUUAAAAAAUGCCAAUUGUUAGAAUUAGUACUCGCAGUUACCACCUGGGGUCAGUGGAACAAAAUGCAUAUAUGGUUUUGACAUUUGAGUCUAAAUUUCUUAAAGGGAUGAGGCAUCUGAGGGAUUGUUACCAAAAUGAUGAAGAAAUAAGGACAAGGGACAUCAAGACAUUCAUAAGAAAAAGCACCUUUGCCUUUCCCUGGGAAGAUUCGCAGGAAUCUGUCCAGCUCUCGUUACAUGAUGAGCAACAUAGACAAGAUUACAAGGCAUGGUAACUGCCCUGUCUCCACCCGCCUCUCCCACCACUACCGAAAGGAUUCUUAGCAUCCCCUCACAUACUUCGCCUGCCUCAAAGUUGUCAGCCCCUCACCAUUUUUGUUUUUGAGAGGUUUUUUUUUUAACCUGAAUAGUUUAUUGGCAGUUUAAAAUGCAUACUCCUACAAAAUCAGCUCAGCCCACGAUCCGUGAUGAACAAACAGUAGUUCUUGCUGAUGUGUGAUUGUUAAUUUAAAAGGCCAAUAUUUCUUUAAGCAUAAGACCAUAUGGAAAAAGACUUAAGACAAAAUCUGGUGGGAACUGAAUUCCAGUUUUUAAUAGAGUUAUAAUCCAUAGUUUUAUUUACACACACACACAUACUCUUUCCUGCAGAGAUAAGCCGUUCAGUGUGGCUGUGGCUUGGCCAGGAUUUGUUUGAUCUUUGUUUUUUCUGCAGGGCCAGUCUUGUCUUUGUGUCCCCGAGGACUGGUCUGUUUAGUUGUGCCUGCCUGGAAUCAAAAGGUUUAGUCAGGCCGCAUAAUUGGUGAUGAUUGGCAUACUAUAUGCAAACUUCACAAUGCCCCUUCCAGUUGUUGAAAGGUCGCAUACUAUGCUGUGUAAGAACUUAAGCUCUCUGCAGUGAGACUUAAUUCAGAUUCACUCUACUCCUUAUUAGUUAUCUGAUUUUUGGAAACUUAAUCUCUUUAAACCUCAGUUUCAUCUCUAAAAUGGGCAUAAUAGUUUACCUCAGAGAAUUUGGGGAGGAUUCAAUGAAUUAAUGUGAGGACACUAAGAUUCCCAUAUAGAAGUAGGCUCAGUGAAUAGUAGCUGUUCUUAUUUCUAUGUAAAGUGAGUAGUGGUAGUUGAUGGGAGCUGUUGAAACAGGUCAACAGCAUUCUAGCAAUCCUAUGACUUUUGUGAUAGCAAACCAUAAAAACAAUUUUAGUGGCUGUUUUACUAAUUAAAGGACAUCCACAAUUCAAUAUAUAACAGAAAAAGUAAUAAAUGAUUAAAGCUUGUGAACCUGA